AUGGCUCCAAAAUUUGAAAAAUCUCUUAAAAACGAAGAGCGUAAAAGUAAGGAAAAUAGAAACAAUAUCAGCAACAACAACAACAGUGACGAGUUCAAUUCAAGUUUAGAAGCAUUGCAGAAAGAGUUUCAAAACGCUUUCAAUCUUAGUCAUUUGAUGAAUGAUUUAGCCACAAUGAAGUCAAACGAAUAUGAUAAUUUACUUGUCAAAUCUAAAAACAAUACUGAAAUCGAGAUCAUCCAAGGGGAAAUACUUAAGCAAGAAGCAAAAAAGGGAGAAUUAAAGGAAGUGAUGAAGAAGACAAAAGUUGAACAUGUUGGUAAGAAAAUUGAUUUGGAGCUUAGGUUGUCCCCACCAAAAGUGAUAAUCACAAAAGGGGAGUCAUCAUCAAACGGUUCAAAAUCCCCAUCAGAAAGCAAUGAAUCAUCCGAUUCUGAUGGUGGUUCAAAUGUUAAUGGAAAACGUUUGCCAUCCCUAAUUUUGAUGGGUUGCACCUAUUGCUAUCUCUAUGUUAUGGUCUCGGAAGAUGAUCCUGAAUGCCCAAAAUGUAAAAGGUUCUCCAAUUUGCUUGACAUUUUCCGAGGAAAUCCAUCCAAGAAAGCCAGGAAAAACUAGCUAGGCUAUUAUCUAGAUUUUCCAUCUUCAACAAACAGUCUGCAGAAUAAUAAAUUAUGUGCGUCUUUUUUUUCUUUAAUUAGUUUAAUUAGGUUUCAUUUUGAAGGGGAAAAAAAAGGUUUAUUUUAUUUUCUGGCCUUCUAGAGACUAUCUCUUUGUUGUUGUUUAUCGAAAAUCUUAAUGCAG